AUGUCUAGCAGCAUUGCAGUGUCACAGGCUGUCAAUGCGCUUGUUGCUGUGAUUGAUGUCUGCCUGAGCAACGGGCAGGUGAUGGGCAUGAAGCCACCUGAGGAAAGUGCCACAGACAUGACCCCCAACACAAUUUUGGCAAGGCUGCAAGCUGCCAAAUUGUCGAUUGUUGAAGGAUGUUCUGAUGGUGGCACCGUGUCAGCAACUGUGGCCAAAUCAGAGGAACACCAAGAACCAGGAUCAUGGCGCUGGGUUGUGUCAAGUGGUGAGAAAGUUUCCGACCUUUUGAAGAGCUGCCUGCCUCCCCUUGUUCAUCACCCAGGCCCCUCUGUUAGAUGUGCACUUGCAGAAGGUGCUGUGCGGCUGCUGAGUGACUGCUCCAUGGCACUGGGCCCAGCAGUGGAAAUGCUUCUCGGCAUUUUGCUUACAUUGGCGCAAGAUGACUGGGAAAAGGUGAAGGCUCCCUGCCACAGGUACCUCUUAAGGAUACAGCACCAAGACCCAUCAGUGAUGGAUGGCAACAAAAAUAUCAUUGUGAAUCUGCGGUCAAUAGUUCUCCGCUUGUCAGCUGAGCUGGCUGAUUGUGUGAGGUCGAGUGAAGCUAAGGGUGCGAUGGCAGGACGAGGUUUGCUAUCAGCUAUGAUUGUGUCAGGUCCUGUCCACCUCAACGACUGGGUCUUCAGCAAUCCUGUGCAGCUUUCUGUCCUGUGCACAUCCCUGUGCAAGAGCUUCUCCUUUGAUUCUGCACAGGUGCCUUCUCUGCUGCAAAGCUCCGCACAAGGAGGCCUUUACAUCACCCAAAUGGAGGCCAGCACUUCAGCAUCGGUGGAACCCAAGGCAGCCACUUCGUCUGGUGCUGUUGAUCGUCUCACCACAGAAGAGCAUGAAUCGAAACCAGGAGAUGGUAGCAGGAUAUCUUUCACUGGCUCUGACGAAGCCUGUGCAGAAUCUGGUGUGGCUCAUGCUGAAGACAGCCAUCUAAAUGCUCCUAGCGUGGCAUCAGCACUUCCACGAAUGCCCGUGGCGCUUGCAUACAUCACGACAGAGCGAUGCUACAAUGCAGUGGCUGGAGUUGCUCGUGGCAUGGGAGGCAUCGCACUGUAUGGCAGCAGGCAGAAUAGUGGCACAGGGUGCACUUUGCUUGGAGUAGUGGACAGUCUCCUGGAGGUAUUUUUGAGCUGUGCAAAUCGCUCCAGCUCUGGCGUUUCAGACCACUGGCAGCUGCAUGCUGCAUCGGCAGUUACGGUUUUGUCACAGGUGAUGCAUGGGACAUCAGCUGCCUUCCGUCCAAGCCUUGGAUGCUUGUCUAGUUCGGAGACCGGAGAUUAUGAGCGAGAGGCAUGGCAGGACAGCAGUAUGGAGGACAUUGUUUUGACCAUUUUGAACACAUACAUGGAGGGACCUGUGUGGGGCCUGCAAACUAACAGGGACGACAUGGAUCAGGAGAAGCAGACCAUCCAGGAUCUUGGGGAGAAUGCCAUACUUGUCCGAGCUGUGCUGGAGUGUGUGGGCGUGUGUGCUUCUGUCCUGGGCCCCAGGUUUGCAAGGAAUGGCCGCCUGCUCCGCUCAGUGCUCAUGCCUGUCCUUGAGCGACUUGGCGACCCGACACCCUUUGUAUCAUCAGCAGCAGAGGUGGCAGUGGGCUCGAUAUGCAUCCACUGCGGCUACCCAGCCCUGAGUGACCUGAUUUCUGCAAAUGGCGACUACAUCGUGGACGGCCUAUGUACUCAGCUUCGAUCCAUCGACAGGCAUCCUCGUGCACCUUUUCUGUUUGCUGCUCUCUUCAAGCAGGCUGGGGUGGCUCCUGAGCUGUUGCCGCUGAUGGCAGAACCAGCCAGGCUGGCUUUCAAGGGGCUGUCAAUAAUGUCACGACAUGUUACACCAUGGUACACGCCAGCAUUUCUGCAGGCUGCAUCAGAGAUAGUUAAUGCUGCGACAGCAGAGGGUGAACAAAUCUUGCAGUCUGCUCAGCUGCUGGUACAUGAGCUGCAGGCAAGAACCCAGGCCUCUGAAAGUGGAGCAGAAUCGGAAGACCUGUCCACAUCCGAUGCAGAUGUGGAAGAGUAUUUCCGAAGGUGCAGGGAGCAUUAUGAGGGUGAGGGUGACCAGGAGGAGGCUGGAGUGAGCGCUCCCAAUGAAAGCAUUCUCCUGACAGAGGAAGAAGAGGUCGCGUUGGAGAACCUCUCAGUGAGGCUGCACGCUGCGGCAGUGCUAGCAUCUUCAGCAGUCGAUCUGGCAGCACCACUGAUGUUGUCAAAGGAGCUCAGGGUGUCUCUGCUGGCGAUGGCCGUCUGCGCGUCCGCGCUGGGCGCCCUCACGAGAACGUCCUCCGCCCACGCCAUCGACGAGCGCCUCCGCGAGGACCACCUCAGCAAGGCCAAGGCCGCCACCAGCCCCGUCAGGCCCGCCGUCCCCAUGCUCCUGCCCGCCAUCCACAGGGCCUGGCCCUCGCUGCUGCACUGCCUGAAGGACACCCGCGGGCCCGCGGCGGAGCGCGCCCUCGACUUGCUGGCUCAUGUCAUCGAGGCCGGUGGCGGCAGCUUCAUGGAUCGGCGCCUGACGGACGACGCCUGGCCUAUCCUCCAGCGAUUGCUUGAGCGGGGAUGCCACGGGGAAAGCAAACGAGGCGCUUCAGAUUGCGACCCUCCCCCAAAUGCAUCCUUGCGGAUACGCAAGGCGGCCCUGGACUGCGUCAGCAGGGUGGCGUCCUGCGAAGGGGGCCGGACGUCUUUGAGGUGGGUCGUGGCGGAAGUCGUCGACGAGCUGGUGGGCUUCUGGGCGCCCGGCCAGCCGCUGGCGCUGCGGGAGGCGUCCUCGCGGGCGGUGGCGUCCCUGGCGGCCGUCGACGCGGACGUCGUCUGGCUGGCGCUCACGGACCUGUCCGAGAACGACCCGGAAAACGCCGCCGGACAAAAUGCACCCCCUCCCGGUGGUGCCUUCCCGGAGAUGCGGGCUCUGCUGCCCAAGGCGCCCGCGGGCCCUUCCGCGGGGGGCGGGCCAACGCGACUGAGCCGCCAGCCCAGGGUGACGGCUGGGCUGGCGGCGCAGUGCGGGGGGAGGGCGCGGGCGGUGCUGGAGGGCGUGGUGGGCGCGCCGGUGGCGUGGCACCGGAAGGCGAGGGACGCUAUCUUCGGAGUGUGA